GUCGGAUCAGAAAGAAGACCGUAAUAAUGGCCAGGACGACGACGACAGAUAAGACGCGUUGGUUUAAAAAAGCAUGCCACUAGUAUUAGCAGCUUGACAGCAGAUUUGCUGAAAAGACGAGUACAGUAAGGGUACAAUUUGCAAGAACACGACUGCCUGCAACAGUCGGGUGAUGCGAAUAUUUGAAGCACGGAGAAGUAAUCGAAACGAGGAUGCUCCACAAGAAGAGCAGGUACCGACAGACAGACUUUCGCUCAACGAAGGAUUCACAACUAGAUGCAGCCAAACCACAGACGGAUUGUCAAAAGUCUGUUACAAUUACGUCGAGCACGGAUCGAUCCAAAAAUCAUAGUGGUGUACUGAGUGAUUUACGGCAUCCAAACAAAAAAGUCACAAGAAGGUACGCUAAUGAAGAAGCCGGUGACCGUUGCCACGUAAAAAUUUUGUAUCUCUAUGUAGAAGAGUCGGGACACUUUGGAUCAAAACGACAUCACCAACAGAAAGCCUGGAUGUGGAAUCACAUUCGACAUCAAAUACUGUCCAGCUUCAGACGACAUCCUGCGGUACAGGAAUCCUAUGCAAAGUAUGAAGAGCUGGUUGUCGAUGGUGUGUUGACACCGGGAGCAGCUGCAGACAAGUUACUUGCAUGCUUUCUGGAUGACAGACGAGCAAAUGAGAGUGAAGCCAAGAAAUAGUGAAAUCCCAGUCUUGUCUAAUGUUUAGACACAUGGACACGUAUCUGCGUAUAUUUUGAAUAAUUUCAAUAAAAUCACC